UUCGACUUGCUUGCACGUCCGGCGUGCCUUGUCAUCACGCAGGGCAGGUUUCGGUUUGCAAACACGAUACAUUCCUUUCCCAGAGCCAGAGCUGUACCAGCGACCCGAGGAGGGAGCGGCGAGUUAAUAGAAGCAUUACAAAUAAACCUGGAUGGAUUUAAAGAUGCUAUCCCGGACAUAGGUAGGCUGUAUGCUAUGUUGCUGUGUUCAUGUAACGUCUGGGGGGAGACGGUGAGGUAAACGACCGGGAUACACACAAACAAAACACACGGGCUGAACGGGAUGCCCGCGUGACUGCAGGGAGGAAGGAGGCGGAGGAGGAGGAGGAGGGGCGGGGGGUGGGGGGUCUAGGUGCGUGUGUGGACCACCGCAAAAAAAACCGAGGUGGAGUUGUCAAAUAUCGAAACCUGUAAGGAAAGAAUAGUUCCAACCUGGCUGCUAUAUUUGGUGCAGUUUGAAAAUCGAUGGAGGAUAUUUAUUUCCUGUUCACGUCGGGAUAAUUAGUCUCGCUUCCCAAACGAACCGAUGUGAUCUUGGGGCUUUGAUCUCCACACCGUCUGUUUCUUUUCCGUGGCAGGAUGAGGACCUAAGAUAAAGUCGCGGAAGGGACACGCACAUGUUCGGAUGUUACUCCUCCUGAUUGGACACACGGACUGACCGGCCCAUGUCAUCGCUGCUGGUGUUGAAACAACGAGGGAUUUGCUGCUUUUCUUUGGGAUGCUUUAAAAUUUGCGGCCUGCUCGGCUCUCCUGUUACCGCAAUGCAACUGGCAAGAAGAGGGAGAGGUGGAAGGCAUGAGAUGGAGAGGAGGGAGGGAGUAGUAACAAGCAAAUGAGUAUAACAAUGAUGUAGGCCUAUAGUUGCAAAAAACUAGCCCCAUCUGUGUGAUUGUGUUUCAAUCGCAGAAUGGUACAGACUGUACUCUAUAGGUGAUAGUGGCAGGUGAAGUGAAUGGGGUGAGAGAGACACUGUAGGCUGUUGAGUAUUUUAGGAUUAUGGCUGAAACGUCAUAUGAGGUGAGUACUGUGGUUGUAAGUUUGUAGUGGUUGCUCAAUUCUUAACUUUCUGCUGAAAAAGUUCCUGAACUUACUCACUGGACCCUAGUGCAAACAAUGGGACAUUGUGCAGAACCUAUGGCACCAGGCAGUGGAGAACUUGGUGCAUAAUUGUGACAGAGUGGAGCGCUGAAGCCAGCAUUUAUGUCUCUCCCUCUUCUACUCGCCUGCACUUCUACCCACGCUGCUCAAAUUGGUUUUAUAAACCCGGAGUAAGUGUGAAACCAGCCUCAUCCACAUACAGCCUGACAUGCCUUCGCCGUCAGACUCCAGCAGCGUGGCUUCGGCCUCGGGGUCUCGAGGCUGGUCCGACAGCCGCAGGGGCAUGUCGGGCCGGGGGCCUGGUGGGGCACGGCUACUCCUGUACCUAGGGCUGUGCCACCUAGGCCUGGGGGCCAUGGUCCUGGCCUUCUCUUUCACCAGCAUGGCCUUCACCUCCUCAGCCCGAGUGAGGCAAUCCUGUCCAUUCUGGGCUGGCUUCUUUGUAGUGGCAUCAGGGAUAGUUGGAAUAAUCUCAUGGAGGAGACCUCUCACGCUGGUGGUGUCACUGUUCAUGCUGCUGUCUGCAGUGUGUGUGAUCCUCAGUCUGGCCGGCUCAAUGCUCUCCUGUCAGAAUGCACAGAUGGUCAAGUCUAUGCUCACCUGCCAGGUGGAGGAUGGUCUUUGUGUGUGUUGCGCGCCCACUCACUCCUGCUCCAUCACAGAAGAGGAGACCCUGGUUCUUUCCUUGAAUGCUGACUGUCACUCAGUCAGACAUCAGCUGAAGGACCUUUUGUUUAGUGCAUGCGGUCUCAGCAUUCUCUCCACCAUCAUCUGUACUCUGUCCACUGUGACCUGCAGUAUCCACAUAUUCUCUCUGGACCUUGUGCACCUGCUGGCCCCACAUCGCUCUCGUUCAGUCAACCCAGAAUGCACCACUCCUCAGGACGCUUUCCUGACCAACAUCAUGGACUUUGAGGAGUUUGUCCCACCCAUCCCUCCGCCCCCCUACUAUCCUCCUGAGUACACCUGCAGCUCUGAAACAGACGCUCAGAGCAUCACCUAUAAUGGUUCCAUGGAGAGCCCUGUUCCUCUGUACCCCACUGACUGCCCCCCUCCUUAUGAAGCUGUGAUGGGACAAAGAGCUGCAAGCCAGGCAACAGUGUUUGACCCCCACGGCCCUGAGCUGUCUGGAGAGAGAGGGACUUCUACUGCCUUCAGUGGUGAAGUGUCCAUGGACAGUGGAUCUCUGUUGAUGUCAGAGAUUGUGGACAUCCCAAAUGAUUCCUCCCCCUCUGAGGACUCCUGCAUGAUUGAGGUUGGGCUGAGGACCCAGGGGGAGAGGGGAAACAGGAACGUUGGUGAAGUGGGAGACGGAGGAGACAGCGGGGAGUACAUCAGCUUUUGUGGUCCCGCGUCUCAGACGCCAGAGAGUCCUCUGGCAGGGGGGCCGAGAGCCAGGCGCUUCCUCAGAGGCGAGAGGUCCAACUCCUGCUCUUCACCCAGCACAGCGACCUCCACAUACAGGUCUCCAGUAUUGCGUCGCCAGGCCAUGCUAGCUAGGAGCUGUUCCCAGCUGGAAGCAAUAGAGAAAUCCAUCUCCCCGCAACCAUCCACCAUCCCAGAGUUUCGAGUUUGCCCCUCCACUCCCUUACGCCAAGGAGCUACCCCAACCACCUCUGCUCCUCCCAUUUUACCCUCCUCAGCUGCAAGUGAGCAGAGUGGUGCUCAGGGUAAUGGGCUACCCUUCCCGGGCCAACCAUUGUACCUUCUAAGGGCUGGGAAGAGUGAGAAGGAUGGAGAGAGUGUAAGAAGGGACAGUGAAGGGCUCCUACGUCUUGUGAGGUCACACAGUGAGCCAGGCCUCGGCUCUUCGACUGACACAGUUGACUUUGGCUCUGGAGGCAGCAAAGUAUCCAUAGACACAGGUCCAACCUCUGAGGCAUGUCUCUUGCCCCCCACCUCUUUGCCUCCUGCUGCAGCUCUGCCAAGGAAAGGCAGCAUGAAAUCAGCAGCCACUGGGCUGCAGGUCCCCUCCAAACUUCCCCCCACCUCACCACUGCAUUUACCUAAAGACUGCCACCGUUCCCUAGGAGACCUUAAGGUGACUCGGGGUCUGGUGGCUCGCUUCCUGCAGCGCUCCAAACGCAACCUAUCGCCCUCCUCCGAGCAUACUGGGAGCACAGUGCAGGGGCCUAAGAGAAGAAGUGACGUUGAGGGCACUGCCACCAACCACAUACCCUUGGAACAAGUAUUGCUGACACCUUGGAACACCAGCCGAAGACACCCAAACCAUCACUCCCACCAUCCUCAUCGUCGUGGACACCACCAUUCCCACAGUGACAGUCGGCACAACCGGAACCACGCUAGUCGGGCCCCAGAGGGGAUCCACCUGCGCAGCUGUGGAGACUUAAGCUCCUCGUCGACUGCGUCACUACGCCAAUUAGUGACGCCUUAUCCACCGCAUGGGUCAUCAGGAGCUCUUUACUCAGAGUCUGCACUGUGAGGAGGGCAGGAGGGUGGAAAAGGGAUGGAGAAAAGAAAUGGGAUGCAUAUGAGUUGAUAGGGUUGUAAGGAAGACGAGGGGAAAUAAGGAAGGCUAAUGAAAUGAAGAGCAGGGCAGUUUAGUGGCGAUAUCUAGUUCUGAAAAUGUAAAAGUCUUCCCUCUUUUUCCUCUUUGUCACCUCCCUUUUCUGAAACCAACUGUGCAAAUGGCCUUAUUCAGUGGUGCUCUUUACCACCCGGAACAUCAGCCCAGAGCCCACACUAUUUCAUCUGUACAACGGUCACUAGAUGCUUAUUUCUCGGCAGUGUGGUCCCUGUUCUAACGGAACAAAUCAGAGACAACCAA